ACAAUGGAGAAAAUACUAAAAAUUAAGAAAAACUCUGGAAUGAGUAGGUGUGUCCAAACUUUUGACUGGUGCUGUAUGUGGUAAGUGUCCAUGUUCAAACCUGUCUGAUCUGUGCUGAUACCCUCCCUGAACAUAAACUUUUACAAACAUGAAUAUUCACAAGGUGGAACAACGCAAUGUCCACUGCAAUCUCUACACUGACUGUACUACAGUGCUGUGUGCGUGUGUUUUGUUUCCAUUCCAUGUUAGAUAAUGUAUACACUGAAUUGGACAAACUUGUUAAACAGGUUUUUCUUUUUACAUUAUAACACAGAGAAGGAGUGAUGGCAUCACUCACUCACUCCUAACACUUCAGACUGGGAGUAACUCAAGUUUGAACCGUCACUGUUCACGACUCUUUGCAUACGUGGUAGGACCACCAAUGGAGUUUGCCUGUGGGUUUGUUUAUGUCCCUCCAUCAACCUAUCAGAGGGAAGUCCACACGAAACCACAAAUUGCAGUUAAACGUUCAGCUCUCCUUCCUCCCCCAAACAGAAUCCGUCCCCGCAGUCCUCCCCCUCCUCCUCCAGCACAACUACAAAAACAACAACACCACUCUCCAGAACAGAGAAUCACUGAGAAAUGUUUUAAAAAUGCUCUGCUCCCCCCAUUCAUGCGAUCUCAAUCGCCUGCUUGCGUCCAGCCAAUCCCAGGCCCACCUUCCCUUCUCCCUUCCAAUAGCCAGAGGCUGACCUAUGACCUUCCACAGAAGGAGCCAGACAUUGGGAGUCAUCCAUGGGAUCCAGACUACUCAUACAAUAUCCCAGAAGGCAGUGGGGAAGAGAUGAAGCAUCCAAACACCACCGGCAGCUGUGGAUCUGCACAGAAGUCAGCUCCAGCCUUGCCACCAAGACCUUCCUUUAUGAAGUCCUGUCCAGAAUACCUAGUUCUGUUGCCUGAUUCUUUCUCCUCCUCAAAGUCCUCCUCUUCAUCCUCCAGAUCAAGGGAACCAUUGGUGGGGAAUCCAAAUGUGAUCCUAGUCAGUUUGGGGGAGCUGAUAUCAGAGGAAAACGCGUUCACCAUAGAGGGAGAGCCCACCUGCUGCUCCCAGUGUGGCUCUGUGCUGGACUCCUUCUAUGACAAUGUGGUGAAUGUCUGUUAUUUUUGCCAGUCAUCAUUGGAACCACCUACCUCCUCAUCUUCCACCUGUCUCGGUUGCCGGGACAGUGUCUUCCUGUUGACCCCUGGUGACAAGGCCCUGGCCCUUACAGACACCCUGCUCCUGUUCUGUAUCGACAUCUCAGCGUCCAUGAGUAUCACCUCCCAGGUGUUGGAAGGAAAACAGCCAAUCUACAGGUCACGUCUUCAGUUUGUUCAGGAAGCAGUGUUACAGAGUGUUCGGAAGCUGAGUGAAACACAACCACACAUGCGAGUGGGACUCAUCACGUUCAACAAUCAGGUGACUCUGCAUGGAUAUGACGAGUUCACCUCGCGUUUCUUGCGGGGUGCGGAGUUGAUUGACAGUGAAUACCUUAAGGAAGCAGCGUUCAGCUUCCCCAGCCCACAACCCCUCUCCAGGACCAGGGACUGUCUACAGAGAGAGAUUCUAGGAUUGUCUGAGAGUGGUGCCACGGCUUUAGGUCCUGCUUCUCUUGUAGCCAUAGCGAUGGCUUCUCGGCAACCAGGGUCAAAGGUGAUCAUCUGCACAGAUGGAAAGGCCAACACAGACCUGGGGAAUCUGGAGGUGGAGGGCAUUGAUGCUCGACCUUGCCUCUCCUCCACUAUCUUCUACCACGACCUGGGGGAGUACGCUGCUAGCCAGGGGGUGACGGUAUCAGUGUUGGCUAUCGAGGGGACAGACUGCAGACUUGAUGAGCUGGGGAGACUAGCAGACUGCACAAGCGGAAAGGUGGUGAUAGCAAGUCCACAUGAACUAUACACUGAAUUUGAGGAGAUUAUUGAGAACAGGACGAUAGCGACACACUGUAGUGUCACUUUGCUGCUCCCCACAACACUGUGUGUGAAAGGAGAGAGGGAGGCUGGGAACAGGGUGACCAGAGAGGUGGGCAAUGUGGCAUCAGACACAGAAAUCACCUUUCAAUUUGGAGCGAGGGAACACAGCUCACAGGGAGAGGUGUCAGCCCCAGUGGCAGGUGGCCGUGUGUCUGUUCAGCUGCAGCUGAGAUACAGACAGGAGGAUGGACACAGUAUGCUCAGAGUGCUGACGGCUGAUAAAGAGGUGACGGAUGACAGCUCAGUGGUCCUCUCCUCUCUGUUUCUAGCUAUAAUUCAGCUCAACUCAUCCCAGGCCAGCGCCGCUCUAGCUGUCAGGGGCCGCUUCCAAGACGCAAAGAGUGAGGGGGAGACACAGAGGGAACUGAUGGAGAGAGCCCUGGAGUAUGAUAGAAGUGCAGAAGACAAACUGAUUUAUUCAAAAUGGCUUAAAACCAUGGACCCUAUACACAACAGCCUACAAAACUACACAAGGAGACAAUCCAUACGUUCUGAUACACUGCAGUCUCUAACAGACAUGGGUGCUGCACUGCUGUACAGCAUGAAGAACAGCAACAGGUCUAUUUCACUGAAGGAAAAGCACCAACACUGAUUGGUGGCUACUGACUAUGCCUGAUAUCCUUGGAAGUUAUUCAAGUCCUACCGACUUCUGGGGAGGCCUAUUUAUACACAAAUCUGACUAAUUCAUGUAUCUAACAAAAAAUUCUACAUCUGGAAAUAUAUGAUUUAAAAUAGCAUUAACUGUCGAUAUUGUACUUGUUCAUCCUAUUUGUAAAUAGAAUGUUCUUAUCUAUGCACACUGUCAGAACGUCAUGUCAGAACUGCGAUGGCACAUAGCAAGUGAAAUGGGUUUGUACCUGCAGUGCCUUCAGAAUGUAGUCAUACCCCUUGACUUAUUCCACAAUUUGUUGUGUUACAGGCUGCACUCAAAAUGUAUUCAUCUACACACAAUACCCCAUAAUGACAAACUGAAAACAUGUUCUUAGAAAAUGUUGCAGAUGUCUUGAAAUUGAAAUAAAUAAAUAUCUCAUUUACAUAAGUAUUCACACCCCUGAGUCAAUACUUUGUGGAAGCCCCUUUGGCAGCAAUUACAGCUGUGAAUCUUUCUGGGUAAGUCUCUUAAGAGCUUUCCAUACCUGGAUUGCGCAACAUUUGCCCACUAUUCUUUUCAAAAUUCUUCAAGCUCUGUCAAAUUGGUUGUUGAUAAUUGCUAGACAACCAUUUUCAGGUCUUGACAUAGAUUUUCAAGUAGAUUUAAGUCAACUGUCACUUGGCUACUCAGAAACAUUCACUUUCUUCUUGGUAAACAAUUCCAGUGUAGAUUUGGUGUUGUUUCAGGUUAUUGUCCGGCUGUCCUUGUUCCGUUCAUCUUUCCCUCAAGCCUGACCAGUCUUCCAGUUCCUGCCCCUGAAAAACAUCCCCACAGCAUGAUGCUGCCACCACCAUUCUUGACUGUAGGGAUGGUGGCAGGUUUCCUCCAGGCGUAACAAUUGGCACUUAGGCAAAAGUGUUCAAUCAUGGUUUCAUCAGACCAGAGAAUCUUGUUUCUCAUGGUCAGAGAGACAUUUAGGUGCCUUUUGGCAAACUCUAAGCGGGCUGUCAUCUGCCUUUUUCCAGAGGAGUGGUUUCCGU